AUGGUUUCAAAGCAAUGGUUUUUUCAAUGGUUUCAAAGCAAUGGUGUAAGCGUCGCACUCGGCUUCAUGGCUCUGACGUUCACAUUCUCGACGACGGGAUGCGGCGUUCUUAGAGGAUCGGCGAGGCCGAAGAUUGGAGAUAACAUUAACAUGGCGGCGUUUUAUGGGGUUGGGAUACCGGUGGGGAUUGUGUUGACGUUUUGGCCGGUUAGGUUCGGGUUCAUGGGACUUUGGCUCGGGAUGCUCGCGGCGCAGAUAGCAAGCAAUCGGCCGAGUAAUCGCCUGAAAGGCCGAGAUUUAGACCACACGUCAAAACUAAUCAAUGGUGUAAGCGUCGCACUCGGCUUCAUGGCUCUGACGUUCACAUUCUCGACGACGGGAUGCGGCGUUCUUAGAGGAUCGGCGAGGCUGAAGAUUGGAGCUAACAUUAACAUGGCGGCGUUUUAUGGGGUUGGGAUACCGGUGGGGAUUGUGUUGACGUUUUGGCCGGUUAGGUUCGGGUUCAUGGGACUUUGGCUCGGGAUGCUCGCGGCGCAGAUAGCAAGCAAUCGGCCGAGUAAUCGCCUGAAAGGCCAAGAUUUAGACCACACGUCAAAACUGAUGUAUUUUCUUCUUAUUCUAUCAUUUCUCCAAUAA